CACCAUCACACCCACCGACAUUUAGCGGCACUUCCUAGCAGUAUCCGCAGCGGCGCUCGGAGAUUAACGUGUCAGGAUGGAGACGCAGAUACAUGUGCCCGUGGGCUCGCCGCUCAUUAGAAAAAUCCCCAUCUUCGUGGACGAACACAACGUGACAGAGGGGGCGAUGAAGCUCAUCAAAGAGCUGAGACCGGCGUGGGACAGCGGGCGCGUGAGGACCAAGCUCUUCACUGAUGGAACCACCAACAAGCUGGUUGGCUGCUACGUGGAGGACAGUCCCGAGGAUGUGGUCCUGGUGCGCGUGUAUGGCAACAGGACCGAGCUGAUUGUGGACAGAGACAAUGAGCUGAAGAGCUUCCAGGUGCUACAUGCUAAUGGAUGUGCCCCUCGGCUCUACUGCACCUUUCAGAAUGGCAUCUGCUAUGAGUUCAUGCAGGGGGAUGCCCUUGGGACUCAGGAUGUCCGUGAUCCUUCUCUAAUCAGACUCAUAGCCAGGGAGAUGGCUCGUAUCCAUGCCAUCCAUGCACACAAUGGCUGCAUCCCCAAACCAAACCUCUGGAUUAAGAUGCGACAGUACUUCUCCCUCGUGGCCACAGAGUUCACAGAGCAGGCCUCCAACAUCAGAAUCCAGCAGGAGGUUCCCAGCAAAACGGUGCUGGAGCAAGAGAUGGUGUGGAUGAAGGAACAUCUGUCCACUCUCGGCUCCCCUGUGGUUCUCUGCCACAACGACUUGCUCUGCAAGAACAUCAUCCACAACAGCAAAGAGGGUCACGUUCGCUUCAUAGACUACGAGUACUCCAGCUACAACUAUCAGGCAUUUGACAUCGGGAACCACUUCAAUGAAUUUGCAGGCAUGAGUGAGCUGGACUACGGGCUGUACCCCAGUCGAGGGAUGCAGAUGGACUGGCUCACCACGUACUUGCAGGCUUAUAAGCUCUUCACCAAGAACACAGAGGAGGUCAGCCCCCGGGAGCUGGAGACGCUCUACGUGCAGGUCAACCAGUUUGCUCUGGCUUCUCAUUUCUUUUGGGGGUUUUGGGCUCUGAUCCAGGCCAAAUACUCCUCUAUUGACUUUGACUUCCUCGGAUACGCUGUGCUACGUUUCGACCAAUACUUCAAGAGCAAACCGGCAGUGAUGGCGCUGCGGAUCCCAGAAUGAGGCGUGAAGACUUCCUCUGCUCUACGAGACCGUCUGCCUGGCAUCCCUGUUCAUUCCUCCAAUCUCUGCUCAAGAAACACUUCCUAAAGUUCUGUAUGUGCGAGCGUGUUUGCUGUAUGUACGUGUUGUUGAUUUCUGCUGAUGAACUGUCACCUUGCUUUGCCCUCAGGGCAGUGGAACCAGGCGUUGUGAGCAGUAGUGUAGAGCUCACUGUCCUGAAACCUGCUGCCACAACGCUGGUAAUGAAGGUCUAAACGCACUGCAGAAGGAUUUAAUGCCUUUUUGACCCCAGACACACCUUUGAUGUGUGUCUAUAGUAUCAUCACCUGAAUUUAGAUUCAUUUCCUCCAUGGUUUGCGAUGAGAGCAGAUAUUUGACCCGUUUCUAAUCUGCACAUAUUCCUCUUGUUUCUCUUUCUGGUGCUAAGUUCCCUGUUCCAGCUAUGAUUUUUCUGCUCUGCACUUCCCAGACAUCACCUUCACUUCAGCAUUUAGUUUUCCAAGCAAACUUCUGCUGCUAGAAGUAUGAAGCUCAUCUUCUGUGUUAGUGGACUUGUCCUCUGGAAGGACCUGGUUGGGUCGAUUGUGUUCUAGCAAUCGCUGCGUGUGUCUUUAUAUAAGUGCUGUGUGUAGGUCACUGGAUGAGUUAACAUCUCAGGUUAACAAGCGCUGGUUCUGGGGAACUGAAUGAGGAUGUUGGUUGAAGAGUGGAUUUGUGCAAAUUCUGUACAGAUCUGUGCUCAAGCCGCUUUUCCAUCUUCUUUUAUGGUUACAGAGAAUCGCUCCGAUAAACAUUCCAUUCAGUCUUUCCAGACCUGCUGGAAAAUCCCAGCCUCUGCCCCAGCGGUCAUCCCCAGGCUCUCCUCUGAUCUCGAGCUCUCCUAAUCCACUCUUUGUUGCAGUGAAGACAGUGGUAGUUUCACAGUUUCUGAAGAAUCACACACAAACUCUAAUCUUUGGCCACUCACAUGAUUCAGAGCCACUUUUUGCUACGUAAUGGAACACUGCAGAGGUUGCCUCUGGGCUCAGGUGGCAGGAUUGGCUUGUGUGUCAUGGGAUCACAUUUUACACCUGACUCUCAAAUGAAAUCCACAUAGAAGACUUGCACUAGAAGCCUUAAAGAGCACUUUCAGCCCAGUUGUCAUGGUUGGAGGAAAGAUUUAGUACAUUUAAAGGGAACUGAGGCAGGAAUGAUGAAUGGAGGCUGCACUGUUUUGCGGGUGGUAAGUUACGAAGGGAAGCACUGCCACCCACUGAGUCUCAGGGUUAGAGGCACAUCAACCACCAAAAGCAGAGCGGAUGUGGCUCCUUAACCCAACUUUGACUGGUCAGGUUGUGCUGAGGAUCAGUGUGGUGUAAGACUCUGUGUUCCCAGGGAGGGAACGCUACAACACAGCAGCAUCCUUCUUCAGAGGCCGCCGUUUCCUGCUAGCUUUAAUCACAAUCUGUUCAGCCGUGACUGUUUUCCACAUAUAGACCUUCAGUAGCUCAGUGUCUGGCUUUGUGAGGCUAGUUUAACUCGAGCUGAGGAGUCUGAUGACGCUGGACUGACCUUCUGAUGCUAAUCACUCUCGCACUCUCCUCGGGAUGUUUAACUCUUUGUGGGCCCAGUAGAGGGAAGCACUGAGCUCUGGUCUCCUGUGUGUCUGUAAGUGACAGGUUCAAUGAUUCUUAGCAGACGCAGCCUGACCUGAGAGAAGACGAUCACCCACGCUGAAUGGCUUUGUGAGUGACCUAGGACAACGUGUAGAUACAUGAUUGCUCAUAUUUAGAGCUAAACGCUAAAGCGGCCAUUGGUUGUGCAGCACAGGCUGUGUAAUCUGCUUAGUCCUCAUCCUGCUAGGAAUUUACCUUGGAUCAGCACCGAAUGAACGCCUCCAUUCAGGCUCUAGAAGAUACAGAGUUAAAUGUAGCAUUACCUGACGCACAUUCCCACACACCACAGCUGCUCUACACACUGUCCAUUUAAAGUGUGAGGCCCAUAAGUCACCUAUACUCUGUGUGGUUUGAGUCGAGGCUGGUGCUCUAAUAACAUGCAAACACUUUGGAGCUGUGUCUUCUCCAGCUGCCGAACCUCCGUACGGUUGAAGUAAUGACUGUUUAAACAUCAAACGCAACACUGAGGUUUUAAGGUGUCACCUAUUUGUAACCAUGAUGCGACAUGUUUUUGAAGAACUCACUUGUGAACAGUCUCGUUCCAUUGCACACAGGGUGAGGUGACAAUGAGCCAAGCAAGAAACCGGUGUAUAAAUUCAAGUUGGUUGCAACUGCUGCAUAUUUCAUGACAGAUGGAUGUUACACACCAUGACUGCAUGGCCUCGACCUGCGUUGCAUGCAUGUCUGGGUUUCUCAUGAGGCCCACUAGCAUGACGGGGCGUUUCAGGGCUGCGCCAGUCGUUCCCAGUCCCUGGACUCAGCUCUGCAGCCGCCUGUAUCAGAGUCAUGCAUUCCAGCCGCAGCCAUGAACCCUGCAAACGUUUUCUGCUCUUUGUGUUCAACCUUUUUGGAUUUUAAGGGGGGUUUAUUUAUUGCAUCUGCAGUAACAUUGCAUUCUUUGUUCUUAUCUAAAGGUUACUGUAGCUUCAGAGUUUGCAUUGCAGUUAAUUGAGAUGGUCUAUUUUUGUGUCUUAAUCUGCUAACUUAAUUGUAGAAACACUGUACAGAUGAUCAUUUGUUUUCCUUUGAAUGCUGUUGCGGACAUUUUGUAAACGCAUUGUGUUGAAACGUAGAGCGACAUGUAAAGGAGACGGCGUUCGGCAGAUGUGCACGUGCUCCUCCGCUGCAUCAGUGUCAGUGGAGACGGACGAUACUGUGAAAAGCUUCCUGUACAGUGAACCUCCACAGCUCUGUAGGAGUGGCAUGAAGACUUAUUUAACACUUGUAAUAAAUAUUUCCAUUAAAAUGUG